ACUGGCAGUGGAGGUCUUAUAAUGUAAGCUACAUAAGGGUUCGCUCGGUCGUCGUCUGCCCACCCUUCCCGGGUUGAUGGUGUCGGCUGUCCACAAAAAUGCCUGUGGGGACGGAGGGCACAUUAGCUUUGGCGCGUGCGCACGGCUGCCGCCUGGCACGGCCCGACGCCGGGAGGAAGAGGCUGGGUGGCAAGCCGGAAGUGGACGCUCAGAGCUUGACCUCAGAAAACAUCUGGAGAAAAUGACCCAUUGGUUUCAUAGAAACCCAUUGAAAGCCACAGCUCCUGUCUCUUUUAACUAUUAUGGUGUAGCCAGUGGCCCUCCUGCUUCAAAAAUUUGCAAUGACAUAAGGUCCUCUAGGGCACGACUCCUGGAACUGUUCACUGAUUUGAGCUGUAACCCAGAAAUGAUGAAGAGUGCAGCAGACUCAUAUUUUUCACUUUUACAAGGUUUCAUAAAUUCAUUGGAUGAAUCUACCCAAGAAAGCAAGUUACGGUAUAUUCAAAAUUUCAAGUGGACUGAUACAUUACAAGGACAGGUUCCAAGCGCCCAGCAGGAUGCUGUUUUUGAAUUAAUUUCCAUGGGAUUUAAUGUAGCUUUAUGGUAUACCAAAUAUGCAUCAAGAUUGGCUGGAAAAGAAAACAUAACAGAAGAUGAAGCAAAAGAAGUCCAUCGAAGCCUAAAAGUUGCAGCUGGGAUUUUUAAACAUUUAAAGGAAAGUCAUAUCCCAAAACUUAUAACACCUGCAGAAAAGGGAAGGGAUUUAGAGACACGGCUCAUAGACACUUAUAUUAUCCAGUGUCAGGCUGAAGCUCAAGAAGUAACAAUUGCUCGAGCAAUUGAACUAAAACAUGCUCCUGGACUAAUUGCAGCACUGGCAUAUGAAACAGCCAAUUUCUAUCAAAAAGCUGAUCAUACUUUAUCCAGUUUGGAGCCUGCAUAUUCUGCUAAAUGGAGAAAAUAUCUUCACUUGAAAAUGUGUUUCUACACAGCUUAUGCUUACUGUUAUCAUGGUCAGACUUUGUUGGCUAGUGAUAAAUGUGGUGAAGCAAUCAGGUCGCUCCAAGAAGCAGAAAAAUUUUAUGCAAAGGCAGAAGCAUUAUGCAAAGACUAUGGGGAAACCAAAGGACCUGGACCAACAGUCAAACCUUCAGGACACUUGUUCUUUAGGAAACUUGGAAACCUUGUGAAGAAUACCCUAGAAAAAUGUCAGAGAGAAAAUGGAUUUAUUUACUUUCAAAAAAUUCCAGCAGAAGCCCCACAACUGGAACUCAAAGCAAAUUAUGGUCUUGUAGAACCUGUACCUUUCGAAUUUCCUCCUACAAGUGCACACUGGACACCAGAAACAUUGGCUGCAUUUGAUCUCACCAAAAGGCCCAAGGAUGACAAUACCAAGCCCAAACCAGAAGAAGAAGUGAAACCUGUGAAAGAGCCAGAUAUCAAACCUCAGAAGGACACGGGGUGCUACAUCUCCUGAAAUAUUCCUAAAAUACAAUAUGCACUUAGAAUUUCUCCACUAGUAGAUAAGAUAAACCACAGAGCUUCAGUUCAUAUUUUUUGAAAUGAUUUCUCCGAAGCCUGUAGCAUAAUUAUUGCAUUCAGAGGGAAUUUGCCUUCAGUCUAUCUGUUCUUGAUUUUUAAUAUAGCAGAGAUGUUUCAUGCUUUGUGUCCAAACUCUCCUUUU